GAUAGAUAGAUAGAUAGAUAGAUAGAUAGAUAGAUAGAUAGAUAGAUCAGAAAGAGAUGAUGAUGACGACGGUAAUAGAGAGGUUGAAGAUGACGAGGAGGAUGAUGGAGCAUUCUGCAGAACCACAAUAACAACUGGCAAGAAACACACACACACAGAGAGAGAGAGAGAGAGAGAGAGAGGCAGGCAGGCAGGCAUGGAACGUAUGUACAAGCACACUAGGGGCGGAAUGUGAGUGGAAUAACUUCAUGUUCGUCACAUAUUUGGAGAAGUGACAAAUGGUUGUAGUUCAUCUUUACUGCGCCCUAAUGGGGAUUUAAAUAUUUCACGCUUUUAUUUAUUUUCUCCAUGAAAUGAAAUAGAGAACAUUUCUGCUGCUGCCACUGCUGCAUCGUGUGUUUUUCCACUGCUGGUCUGACUCGCAGCAUCUUCUCAAGUGUGGAACAGGAGCACAGGCUGGAACCGCGGGACGAUCGUGUCUGUGCCGCUAACACAGGCACGUCGGACUGCUGUCACAUUGAAUGGACUCCAAAAUAAGAUCACGGAUGCUUUAGUGUUUUAUUGCGUCUUAAUCUCACAGUAAAAAAAAUGUUUUUGUGUUCGAAUCUGACCUAAGGCACGGGAGAGUGGAGCUCAACCGAAAAGGGAGCAACAUUUCAGUCAUUAAAUCCGCAGGAGUGACUGGCAGACCUUCACCGAGACCAAAUUCACCUCAGUGUUUUCUCACUCAAAUUUGACGCUUAAAAGUUCGUAUCCUGGAAUAUAAUACGUGAUUCUCAGAGGACAGAAGAGGAAGGACAUAUACGAAGUCCAAGAUGUUUCAGAAGGGUUGUGGACUUGAGUUCCUGCUGGUCCUCUUCGGUCUAAAGUUCUCCUGGUCCUGUCCUCGUCACUGCAUCUGCUACACCACGCCCAGCACCGUCUCCUGCCAAGCCCACAACUUCCUGUCCGUUCCUGAAGGCAUUCCCCUGGACAGUGAACGCAUCUUCUUGCAGAACAACAAGAUUCAGCGCCUGCUUCAGGGUCACUUCAGCUCCAACACAGUCACACUCUGGAUCUACUCCAACAACAUCACCUACAUCGAGUCCUCCACCUUCCACGGCUUCAGGCUGCUGGAGGAACUGGAUCUAGGAGACAACCGCCACCUGCGUUCUUUGGCCGAAGACACGUUCCAAGGCUUGGUCCGGCUCAAUGCCCUGCACCUGUAUCGAUGUGGACUCACUUCACUCCCGAACAACAUCUUCCAGGGCCUCAGAAACCUGCAGUACCUCUACCUACAGGAUAACCAUCUGAAGGUUCUGCCAGACAACAUCUUCGUGGACCUUCACAACCUCAGUCACCUGUUUCUGCACGGCAACCGUCUGUGGAGUUUGAACCAGAACACUUUCAGAGGCCCUCGGGCCUUAGAUCGACUGCUUCUGCACCAGAAUCAGAUUGAGUGGGUGGAUCACUCGGCCUUCCAAGACCUGAAACAUCUCUCCACCCUUUACCUCUUCAACAACUCCCUACUGCAGCUUUCUAGACAAUGUCUGGACAUGUUGCCCAGCUUGGAAUACCUUCGCCUAAACAACAACCCGUGGGUGUGUGACUGCAGGGCGCUGUCUCUGUGGCUGUGGCUGAAGCAGUUCCGAGGAUCCACGUCCACCGUAGGUUGUCAAUCCCCCCCAGAAAUGAUUGGCAAAGACCUGAAAGACCUUCGCAGGGAGGAGUUUCCCAACUGUUCUCUGACUGUCUCCAACUCCAGGGGGCAGACUAACAACGUUUCUGGCACAGUUAACCAAUCCACCACCAACCUCGUGCACCGCUUAAAACCUGGCCGCUCUCGAAACUGCACAAAGCCACGGAAGAAAGUGAGAGACGAAAAUGAGGUCGUAAUAGAGAAGGAGGAAUCAGCUUCAGACUUUACAGACGGUGGGAAACAUGACCAUACGUCCUCAAACGGCACCAGGAGGAAGUGCGUUCCCUGGACAACUGUUCGUCCCCCCAGUGGGGUUCAGCAAGCCAGCAAUGAGGGGACGUCCACCCUGUCCUUACCCCUACACGGCUGCACCGUCCUCGUAGCCUUGAUAUCAACACAGUUGGACCUCAGUCUUCUCUGAAGGCUGAAGGAGUUCACUGACAGAACAAUGAACUGGACCCUCAGAGGUCACGACCCUGGUUUGUCCAGGACUUUGUGUCUUCUCUGUUUUGUGUGUGUGUGUGUGUGUGUGUGAGAGAGACUCAUGUGUUAAUGUUGUGUAGGAAAGUGUCCCUGUUCAAACAGAUACACGAAAUACUCACAGACCAAAACCUGACGACAACAAACCGUUAGCACAGGCUCUGAAAGACGUCGUUCAUCAAGGUUAUGGUUUCUUCAUUUUAAAACUAAGUCUGCUUGAGUUUCUGGAGACAUUUGACCUUUUAUUUAAAAAGAUUUAUCACAUCUCACAGAGUAAUGAUUUGUUUCAAAGCAUUGACUUUAAUCUAACUUAAGUUGUGAGUUCAAGUCCCAGGAAAAGAAUGACUCCAGGUUGAGUUUCCAGAUAUUCCGUGUUUGUGUAGAGUUCUUGGAUGUACACAGGCUAAGAUUCCACUGCCACUGAGAACACGGAGAAAGAUUUUAUUCUUCUGUUUCCUAAGUUCAUACAGAGACAUGUUUAAGCUCCAAUCAGAGGCUGCCUUGGCUGAACAUCGAUGCUAACUUGACUGUUCCUCCCAACUUUUCCUGAUUUUUUUUCUGCUGUAACUUUCUGUCGGACAGUUAUUUUUAAAGACAAUAAAAAGACUAUUUCUGAUGCUAAUGACUGAAGUCUACACAGAGAAAACUAACAAUCCUUAACAACUUAUUCUCCUGCACCAGUUCCAGAAAGCACAUGCUAAUGCACCGCGAACAGUGUUAGCUUCUGGCCAGGGGAGCCACAAUGUAAACCCCCGAGGGAAUGCUACAAAAUAUGUAAAGAAACAUUA